AUGGAAUUCGAGUCUCAUAGUGCCAGAGUCGAGGACGUACCUGAAGACGAAGAGCAGGCGUACCGCUACGUUGAAGCAUACCCCGGAGUUGUUGCCAAAAUAAUCCGGGAGGACAAAACACUCUUCGAGAAGUGGCGCGAUGAACGGAAGAGCGGGAAGGUCGAUGAGUGGGCCCCGUUCGCAGACCAGGAGGAGUGGGAGCUGUUUCGAUGGCUCAUCAAGAAUGUCGGUCAGAACAAGAUUGACGACUUCUUGAAGCUAUCAAUAAUCCGAAGGGAUUGUGAUCUAUCAGCUGAUAACAAGUAUCAGUUCAUGCAGCGGAUUGACGACCUACCUACAGGUGUCACUUGGGAAUGCGACACAAUAAGGGUCGAAGGCGACCGUGUCGGCGAGAACGGCAAUCUCCUUGAGGAGCAGCUCGAGCUAUGGCGACGCAACCCUGUUGAAUGCGUCCUCGAGCUGAUCGGAAACCCUAGCUUUGAUGGAGAUCUUGCGUACGGACCGGAACGGGUCUUCGCGGAUGAAAAUGCGACCAUUCGGCGUUACGACGAGAUGUGGACGGCCGACUGGUGGUGGGCUAUGCAGGUGCGUUCGUUUUGGAGAACAAGCUGCAUGUGA